GGCGGUUGCCGGAGAGAGUCGGGGAGGAACCAUCGACUACUGUGUCAAACAGUCUGACUCUCUCUCCCAUUGAGCAAUGCUGGAUGACUUAACCGAGGGUUUUAUCCACGAAUAAUUCUUCUUGACACAUUGGACGCUUGAAUUGGGUUUUUUGUGUCGACUUUACAGACUGUACCCCCACUCAAGAGGGAUCAACUCCAUUUACCCCCCAGUGCCAUGCGCUUCAUGUCAUUGCCAUGUGGAAGGUAACAUAAUCUCCCACAAUUUGCCCUUUGGCUCAUCCCAUGUCUGCGGACAGCGAUCCAAAGCACUACCUGUACCCAACCCUGGAGGGGCGCGAACGGAACCGGGAAAGAGUCUGCUUCCAAGUGGAGGACCAGGAGCGCUCUCUCUGCGAUCCGAUCAGCCAACUUCACCGCAUGGCCAGCAGUUACAGCGAGGGUUGUGGGAGGCAGGAUGGGGGCGGACUGGAGGCCGAGUUGGGACUGGCCUCCGAGGGGAGCGACAGCAGCCACGAGCACUCGGCCUCACCGAGCUCGCCUCACGACGACAGGAAGCGACCACGCCCCCAGUUACACGAGGAUGUAGAGAUGGGCGGCUCAAGCGGGAGCGGGACGGAAUCCCAUGGUAACGAGUCGCACGGAAAUGAGUCCCACGGCAAUGAAUCGGUGGGCAGCUCCAACGGGAAUGGCAAGGACUCCGCUAUCAUGGAGUCAUCAGGGAGCAACAAGAGCUCGAACUCACACAGCCCCUCACCGCCAAGCAGCUCCAACGCCUUCAGCCUGGUGAGCUCCGAGCAGGACAACCCUUCAACUAGUGGCUGCAGCAGUGAACAGUCAGCCAAAGCUAAGACACAGAAGGAGGUAUUCAAGACCCUAAAGGAGCUCAAGAUGCACCUGCCAUCGGAAAAGAGGAGCAAGGGCAAGUCCAGCACCGUCAACACGCUCAAAUAUGCGCUGCGAUGCGUCAAACAGGUCAAAGCAAAUGAGGAAUACUACCAGAUGCUGAUGAUUAAUGACAGUCAGCCACCAGGGUUUGAUGUCUCCUCCUACACUAUUGAGGAAAUCAACAGCAUCACCUCUGAAUACACCCUAAAGAACACUGAUAUAUUCGCUGUCGCUGUCUCGCUCAUCACCGGGAAGAUUGUUUACAUUUCGGACCAGGCGGCAACCAUCCUGAACUGCAAAAGGGAAGUGUUCAACAACGCCAAGUUUGUGGAGUUCCUGACGCCGCAGGAUGUCAGCGUGUUCUACAGCUUCACCACGCCCUACCGCCUGCCCUCGUGGAGCAUGUGCACUGGAGCAGAGUCGUCUCCCACGGAGUGCAUGCAGGAGAAGUCCUUCUUUUGCCGCAUCAGCGGUGGAAAGGAGCAUGAAGGGGAUCUCCAGUAUUACCCGUUUCGUAUGACUCCCUACCUGAUGAAAGUGCAGGACGCUGAGCUGGCUGAGGAACAGUUCUGCUGCCUCCUACUGGCUGAAAGGGUUCACUCUGGAUAUGAAGCACCCAGAAUCCCCACUGACAAGAGAAUCUUCACCACAACACACACACCUAACUGUGUGUUCCAGGAUGUGGACGAGAGGGCUGUUCCUCUGUUGGGUUACCUCCCACAGGACCUGAUCGGGACCCCUGUGCUACUCAAUCUGCACCCGAGUGACCGACCGCUGAUGCUGGCUGUGCAUCGCAAAAUUCUGCAGUACGCUGGUCAGCCGUUUGAUCACUCCUCCAUUCGCUUCUGUGCGAGAAACGGCGAGUACAUCACCAUCGACACCAGCUGGUCCAGCUUCGUCAACCCCUGGAGCCGCAAAGUCUCCUUUGUCAUUGGACGGCACAAAGUCAGAAUGGGUCCUGUGAAUGAAGAUGUUUUCGCUGCUCCAGCUUUUCAUGGAGGAAAGAUCGUGGACUCAGACAUCCAGGAAAUCAGUGAACAGAUCCACAGGCUGCUGCUCCAACCGGUCCAUAACAUGGGCUCCAGCGGAUAUGGCAGUCAUGGCAGCAAUGGCUCCCAUGAGCAGCUGGUGAGCAUCAGUUCAUCCAGCGAGAGCAAUGGGAACGUCACAGCGAGGAAGACGGCGGAGGAGACAGGAAAGGCCAAGCCUUCCAGAACAUUCCAGGAGAUUUGUAAAGGGGUCCACAUGCUGAAAAACCAGGACUUCCAGGUCUGCCUGCGCUCCCCUUCCUCUUCGCCCCUUCCAUCGCCAUCCAAGCCUGAGCAGAAGAAAACCAUUGACACAGUUGCAGCUCAGAAGAGUUCAGCGGGUCGUCUGAAGGACUCAUCAGCCCCUCAGCAGGUCAGGGACGGUACUGCAGCCACCAUGGAGGACUUUCCCUGCAAAGACCAGACAGUCCACUCCUACCAGCAGAUCAGCUGCCUCGACAGUGUCAUCAGGUACCUGGAGAGUUGUAACGUCCCCAUCACAGUAAAGAGGAAGUACCAGUUCUCCUCCAACACCACCUCCUCCAACUCGGAUGAUGACAAGAAGGCCUUACACGACGGCAUGCAAGAGCCUCAGAACAUGAAAGCACCCAAGAAGCCUCCAUCAGGAGCAGCUGUGGUGGGCGGCCCCCUGGCACCCCUCACCCUGCCAAGCAAAGCUGAGAGCGUAGUGUCCAUCACCUCGCAGUGCAGCUACAGCAGCACCAUCGUCCAUGUUGGAGACAAGAAGCCUCAGCCCGAGUCCGAGAUUAUAGAGGACGUGGCAGAGAGUCCAGCACCUCCACCUCUGCCUGUCAGCGUUGUAUCCCCACCCAGCCAGGAGAAGGAGGCCUACAAGCGUCUGGGACUCACCAAACAGGUGCUGGCUGCGCACACCCAGAAAGAAGAGCAAGCCUUCCUCAAUCGUUUCCGGGAGGUCCACAAUGCCAGAAACUUUCAGAAAGACUGUUCCACGUAUCUGCACAAACAGAGAGGUCCAGCCAACGCUGAAGGAGCAUCUGGACCACGAGGUACAGCCAAACAGGGCCACACCCGGCCUGAGACAACUGCCAAGAAGGGGAACCGCAACAGGAAGUCCAAGAAGCCACGGAUGAAGCAUCCUGAUUCGUCAGACAGUGCUGUAUCAAACCGCAAACCCCGCCCCCCUCUACAGGGUCUCAACCAAACGUCCUGGUCUCCAUCAGAGACAUCCCAGUCAGCUUUUAAUGUGUCCUACCCAGCCAUGGUGCCUGCUUACCCGAUCUACCCCCCAGCCCCCGCUGCCCCAACUCAGGCCCCCCGCCCUGACCCCUCCCUGUCUGCAGGUUUUGGAGAGGUUCAGACAACCCAAGCUCCACCCACUGCCACACCAUUUCCUGCACCCAUUAUUACACCUAUGGUGGCGCUAGUGUUACCCAAUUAUCUUUACCCCCAGCUGGGACAGUUAGGUCAGAUAGGGCAGCUCGGGGCCGCUCCCAGACCAACAUUUUUCUCUGAGCAGACCCCAACACAACCUGCAUACACAACUCAGCAACCGUUUCAGCCUGCACAGCCAGCCUUCGCCAUGCAGACACAGGCCCCCUUCACCACCCAACAGCCGUUCCCCGUGCAGACUGCUUUUAACCCCCCACAGCCAUUCCAAACGGCUCAGACUCCCUUCACAACCCAGCAGCCAUUCCAAACGGCUCAGACCCCCUUCACAACCCAGCAGCCAUUCCAAACGGCCCAGACCCCCUUCACAACCCAGCAGCCAUUCCAAACGGCUCAGACCCCCUUCUCCACACAGCAGCCUUUCCCGGCUCCUCAGACUGCUUACACCACCCAGCAGCCUUUCCAGGCCCCUCAAACUGCUUACACCACCCAGCAGCCUUUCCAGGCCCCUCAGACUGCAUACACUACCCAGCAGCCCUUCGCUGCCCAGCCUUCGUUCCCUGUACAGACUCAGUUUGUGGCUCAAGCUCCAUAUCCAGCACAGCCUUUCCCUUAUAGCCUAACCACUGAGCCCCCCAAAGCCCUGGCUGUGGAGCCUAGAGAGGGGGCAGCUUCACGCUCCUCCACCCCUGCCUCUGGAGCAAGGGAGCCUGCUACAUCACCACCGCUGUUUGAGUCACGGUGCAGCUCACCGCUACAGCUCAACCUGCUCAGCAUGGAGGAGGGUCAGCGCUCAGUUGAAAGACACGACAGCACAGCGCCUUUGGCUCUAAUCCAGGGCAACAGUUUCAUAGCAUCAGGGGUACUAGGGGGAGCGGGAGAGAAGAUCGGGGGAACAGCCAAGACUGAAAGUCAUAAACAGCUGGAUCAUCCAGGAGACGGGGCCCACAGUGAUGGUAACUCCUCAUCCUGCGACUUGCUGGACAUCCUGCUACAGGAGCAGGAGGACUCCCACUCUGGCACGGGUUCAGCCACAUCCGGCUCCAUGGGCUCACGAUCUGGCUCAGGUUCGGGCUCUGGAUCUGGCUCAGGAUCAGGCUCAGGCUGUGGAACAUCAGCUAGUGGAGCUUCUGGCAGCAGAACAGGGAGCAGCAACACCAGCAAAUACUUUGGCAGCGUUGACUCCUUGGAACAUGAUCCCAAGAUCAUCACCAAAACUAAGUCAAUCGGUGAAGGAGGCUCUGACGGGGGGCAGUCCCAGACAAAGGUCUUGCCUCAAGGAUAUCUUCCUAAGGAGCCUGUCUGGCUGCUCAUGGCCAACGCUGACGACAAGGUCAUGAUGACCUAUCAAAUGCCAUCCAGGGACAUCCAGCGAGUUCUGCGAGAAGACAAGGAGAGGCUGAGGCAGAUGCAGAAGAGCCAGCCUCACUUCUCCUCAGACCAGCGACGGGAGCUUGUGGAGGAGCACUCCUGGAUGAGGAGGGGAGGUCUACCAGCUGCUAUUAAUGUCAGGGAGUGUGUGUACUGCGAGGAUGCAGCGGCGGCUCCCAUUGAGGAGGGCCUGCCAGACAUGGACAUGGGGGAGACAGGCGAGGAGCUGAGCCAAGAGGACCAGAACGCUCAGAGCCAAUCAGAGGCACCUCAGCCUCCACAGGACACUGGCUCUUGAACACGCACACUCAGCCAGCAGGGGGACAUCUUCUACCAGUCAUGAACCCUCAUGAUGCACACACACACACACACACACAAACACACACACACACACUCUUGUGCAUGUUGUGAAACAAACAACUGUGUGCCUGACCAUCCUCACAAACGCACACAUACACUCAACAUGAACUCUGCAGGACUCCGUGUUGCUGUUGUGGUGAAUGUGAGGAUGAGUGCCGCUCGUGUGUUAAAGUGUGUGUUGUGCAGAGGACUGACGCUGAAGUGCAGCUCUAGAUGUGUCUACACAUAGGGCGUGCACACACACACACAGAUCAAGGCCCAGCCCCCAGGGUUGGUGACCUUGGUCUCCCAGAUAUAUUUUUAAAAGUUAAAGUUAAUUUAACAGAAUAUUUUUCUUAAAGAAUUGAAAAGUGUUAUCAGCCAGCAGCUCAGCACUGCUGUUUGAAUCAUCUGCCACCAGACAUCAUGUUGUUGUCUCUUACUGUUAUGCCACACGGUCUCAAUCAAACCCCAGGAUCCCCUUUGUUUCCUAGUGAGGAAAUGUGUAGAAUAGUGGAGGUGCUCAUUGGACGAUGCAGGCCAGGUCAAAGGGCAUGGAUCAGCACUUUUAUACUAUUGAUCCCAUGACUCUCAGACCUGAGUUUUUGAUUAUCAGCAGUGGAAGUACAUGACUCAUCAGCCAACAGAAAGGCGUGUGGGCUGUUCCUUCUCAAAAGUGACAAUCUGAAACAUAGGAUAAGGUGUUUAUAACUUAAUAUUUAUUUUCUACCAAAAAUUGUAUCUAGAAUAGAUGUUUUAAAGUUGAAGCCAAAUCCACUCAGCUAAAAGUAAGUCUACUUUUUUUUUAGAUCCACUCUUGACAGCUAAACCCUGGAGCUCGCCUGUUUGUCUCCAGUAUCUGAUGCUUCUGUUGACCUCAAAAAUAGCCCAGGGCUUUUUCAUAUUGAGAAGCUGAAUAUUUUUACAGGGUGAGAGGAAGGUGGUUUAAAAACUGAGGCUUCAAUGAAGUUAAAGGAUGACGAUCCUUUAAAUUCUUAGUCUCCCCUUUCUCUUGGAUUUUGUACAUUUAGAUUAUUGUCCAUUGUAGCCUUGAAAAAUGCAAACUAUUGCCCAAAGUUAAACCUUUCAGUCAGCAUGGUGCAGUUCUACUACAAAAUGUCAGUUUUAGACCAAAUCAGUGCUGCUGUCUGGGAUUUCUACAUCAUGCAAAGUUUUAUUGUUUCUGUUUACAUCCUUUCAGAGAAUUUUCCGUUUCCUCACGCUUUUUUAAAGUACAAACCCGAAUCUUCAACUGCUUUCCACUCUGAGAGGAAUUUUUAACAAUACAGGCUUACUCCAGACACAACCUAACUGACCCUGAAGUCUCUACAGUGUCUUUGAGUAUUUUAAAACCCAUUGGUCAGAACAGUGUGUGUGUUUUUCUCCACACACUGGUAUUAGGAUUCAGCACUGAAAUGUACAGGGAAAAUGGGGAAAUCAGCAUCACCAUUGUAGCAAAUAAGGGGACCAUGUUGCCUCAGUGACCUUCUUUAGUACCAUAGGUUAAAUAGGAAAUGGUGACACGCGUGCAUCAGCGUGACCUCCGUCAUCUUACAUGAAGUAUUCAGGAAACUGCGGUCUACAUCGGGUCUAUAUGUCUGCUGGUUCAGGUUAUCAGCUCAAGAACUGGGAACAACUCUGGUGCUACGACAGAGACACUGUUGGGACAGGGUUAGUGAAUGUAACGGACAGGACCAAGAGUGUCAGCUGGCUUAUUCGUGGUCAUGUUUUUUUAAUUUCUAGUCCACAUGUCAGACAGUUUUUAUUAUUCUAUUUUUCUAUUUUUUUUUUCUUUGGUGUGUUUUUGUUUGUUUGACAUUGGAGAGAGUUUUUGAGCGUCAUCGGGGACGGACCCUACCUCUAUGAAAUCCCAGGUUGUGUUGAUAGCAGCUCAUGACGUGUGUUUGAAUGUUGGCAAAGCGCAGUGGACAGAGGGGUCGGAUACUAAAGUGAUUCCGGUGAGUGAUGGGCUUGUGCAGGAAGUCUGUGACCUCCAGUCUGCACAGAUAGGACGAGUGCCUGUCACCACCCUUAGAAACAGAAGUCUGUCUCUGUCAUUGUCUCAUUUCUGUGCAAACCUUCAAGGGGGGCCUCCAACACUCACCUGUGUAUAUCCCAUUACAAGCUCAAGAAUGUAGUUAAAUUAUGAAAACACAAAUAUGGAAAGAGUCUUUUCCAAAUGCUGAGUGUAAGCUAGAGAAAGCUGCUGCUCUAGUUUUAAGCCUUGCCUUCUUUGUAAGGCCUCACUGAGAGGGAACCCGUUAAAACUGGUGGGAUGUUGGAAGCACCCGGACCUGUAAAUGCAUACACACGGUACUUGCACAUGAUGCUGUGUAUGGUCAUGUAAAUUAGUUUCAUUGCCACUGUAUAAGUCUGUGCUAUAUUAAACUAGCACAGUUAUGUGCAUUUUGUAGGUAAUAUGAUGUGUUGUUUGAAACAUGGAGAAAAUGUUGUAAUAAAACUACAGAUGUAUAAAAAUG